AUGGAAACCCCUUGUUUAAAUGAUAUCGAUUCAAAUAAUCAACCUAGUCAUGGAAGCUAUAAUGAAAGGUCAAAUGUUGAAGAUAAUAGAUCAUAUAAGCAUAACUGUUGUAGUGAAAAUAGAAGUCAGAUAAAUGUUAGUGCAGCAAAUAAAAAGGAUAAGCCCAAAGUGUGGAGUAUGAAGUGUACUAAAAAAGAAGGAUCAACAGAAGAUAAUAAUGAUGAGAUAAAACCAGAAAGACAGUUUGAAGAAGUAAUGAAACGAAUCAAAGAAGAUAAAAAUAAAAGCAUUAAGAACAAUGAACAAAGUGGUGCGGUCAUGAUGAAAAAUAUGGAUGAAGAUAAAAAAGAAGUUGAAAAAGGUAAAGAAAUAAGAGAGGUUGUUAGUACAAGUAGUAAAGAAGUACAACACAUGAGCAAUAAAGAAAUUGAAGACUUACCCGGAUCGAAUAGCAAAAGAAG